CGGCUGAUGGUGUGUGUGGAACGUUCCCCGAGUUUAUAGAAGGUUGAACAAUGGACGACUUAGCUAAGAAAUUUGAGUCAGAAACUAUAACUAAAGGUAAAGAUCCAGUCACGAAGAAAGACUGCAUUUUCUGUAAACUAUCGAAGGGGGAGAUACCGACCACAAUACUUUUCAAGAAUAGUGAAGUGACCGUUUUCUACGAUCAUAAACCAGCGGCAAAGGAACAUCUUCUCAUCAUUCCAAAUAGUCACCAUGGUAACGCAAAGACAUUGAAAAAAGAAGACCUCCCCAUGGUGGAAUAUCUUCAUGCAGUGGGGCAAGGAGUCUUAGAACAGAAAGGAGGAAGUAUUGACGAUGCAAGAUCAGGGUUCCACUGGCCCCCAUUCAACACUGUAGAUCACCUACACCUCCACAUACUAUACCCAGUCAGUGAGAUGAAGUUCAUGGGGAGGCAGAUGUACAGGAACAACUCCCCAUGGUUCGCUACGUAUGAAUGGUUGAUACAGCAUCUUAAGGACCUUCCAGAUGCCCCGAGUCAAAACACAUCUAAGGUAAGAGCGCCGUCCCAAGAGGCUGAUGAGGUAGAUGCUUCAGGAGAAUCAGGGAGUGGGACAGCAAUAUGAAUCAAAAUCAUCCAGUUAUGAUCCACCAGAUAAAGAAAGUACGAAUAAUCCCUCACUAUACAAAAAUAGAAAUGGAAUAACUAAAUAAACAAACAGACAUAGCAAACACCCCAACAAACAAACAUAAUAAUUAACAACAAAAUUAAAAGUUAAUAUUUGUUAUAUAGAUAUAUUUUUUUGUUUACUAUCUGUACAGCCUCUAGAAAAGGUUUAUAUAUUAGCUUUGAACAAAAUAUGAAAUCAACUUUACAAAUGAGUUGCAGCAGUAACCAAUGCCAGUCGUGUAAUGUUUAACGGGGUGUGGCAUCGCGGGGUUUUAAGGUACAAGUUUCCCCGAUUUGUUCCGCUGUUGUCUUUCAUGGCUACAAGGCAGUAAUGGUCACAAAUGCAUUAUUACCAAGAAGUUUUCUCUUUGCAAGAUAUGAAGCUUUGUAAGGUGGAAAUUUUAAGAGUUGAGGAAAGGUUUACCGGUAACCAUGUGAUUAAAAUAUCUGUCUAUAUCGCCAGUUUUUAAACUGUUUUUAUUUUAUUUACUUCCCAAACGUGCAAUGUGUAACUUGAAUUGCUAAGAGAAAACAAGAAUUAAUUUGUAAAAUUUUAUUUCAGGUAUUGAAAUUUGGUAAAGUUAAAUUAAACUAACCCUUUUUUCAAGAUUAUUAAAAGUGAUUAGGCGAAACAAAGUUGUAUAACAAAACAAAAUUAGACACAACAAUGGACUAUUGCAAUUGCCAGCAAUAUAUUUAAAGAGUGUAACAGUUUUGUCAAAUUAAAACGAGUAGUCAAAAA